AUGGUCCUCAUUGAAGAUGCAGUCAGCAUGACGGGCUGUGAACAGAUCCCCUGUGAGGGUUCAAGGUACUUGAUUAUCGACACCUAUCGCCCGUUGGUUUUUUUUCUUGCUGGUUAUUGCAACGUGGGCCACAACCCACGAGGCCUUUCGGCCCAGGCCCAUGGCGGCGCCGCUGAAGGAGCGGAUAAGGGGGACUGGGAGGUGGGGCGGUUGGGGUCAAUCCCCCCCAUUCCACUGCCACCUCCACGGGAUCCCGCCGGCCGCCGCCGAUGGCGCCCAGCGCCGGCGAUCUUCAGGAGGAGGACGUCCCCCCCGCAGCGUAGCCGGGGAGGUGGAGGCUUGCAGGGGCCCAGGAGCCGGAGCGGAGGCCGGGGUGGUGCUGCUCCAACGCCGCCGCGAAACGAUGAAGGAUCCGUCGAGCCACGGGUGGCGGCGUUCACGGGCUUGCUGGGGCGGAGGCGGCGGAGAUGCUGGGGCCGUGGAAGACAACGCCUCAUCCUCGAUCUUCAUGCCGGUGGCAAUGUUGAGGUCGGGGACGGUAGCGCCGGGUUCGUUGGUCUCCGCCGGUGUGCUUGGCUCCUGCUUCACAACGGAGUUGAGCCACUGCUCCUCCUCUUCGUUCGGCGUCACCUCCCACUCCAUCAUGGCGGGCACGGGGCCAUAGCCCGGAGGGGCGAAGUGCUCCUCGUCUUCGUCAGCGGGCGUCGGUGUAGGGAGGUCCGGGUAGGCGAGCGGCUCGUCGAUGACCUCCGGUUCCGGUGGUGGAGUGGCCGGCGGUGGAGGGCACGACCCGUACCCGUGCACGGGGCAGAAAUCGCGGGCAGGGCAAGGGACGAAUCCGUGCACCAGGCAAAAGGCCAUGCCUGCGUCCAUGCCAUUGCCGAAGAAGAUCCCCGGCGGUGGCGGGGCCUGGGCGGCGUCGAAGAACUCCUCCUCGCCCAGGAACGGGGCUGCAGCCUCGGCAGGAGCCCAGUCCAUUGGCGGAGCGACGAAGGCCGGCAUCAGGGGUGCCUGGUAGGCGUGGUGGACGGCGGCAGAUGGGUUGCUUGGUCCUGCCUACUCUGCGGCAGCGGGGCCAGGGUGAUCAUGACGACCAUGGCGACCACGGCGAUCACGGCGGCCGUUGCCUGGGCCCCAAUGGCGAGGAACACCAGCACUGUGGCGUCUGGCAGAUCGACGGAUCUCCCGUCCAAUGAAUCGAACAAGGGCAGAGGCGAUUCUGUGCAGAUUUCAUGCACUCCUUUCACCUCACCACACAUGCCACAUCAUCAAAGCAACGUGCGGGGUAUUUUCUAGUUCCAGAAGAGGCGGGGUGAGCAUGGACCUACUUUAUCGCAUGGUUUAGAAAGAGAGAUAUGAAGGACUAGAAAUAAGAUGAAUGUUGACUUCAUGGAGGGAGCAAACAGACCUAUUGACCCUCUGCAAGUAGCAAAACUUAUUUCAGAGAUUGGUUAUGAAGUUGCCCAUAAAAACCUGCUUCUUGAAGUUCAGGUCAGUCAUCAAAUAGAUCUCUUUGACAUACCACAUCUUUUUAUCUUUGCGCUCUAAAUGUUGUAACAUGAAUGUGUGUAUGAUGUCCGUAGCUAAAGUUUGAGUUUCCAAAUAACGCUCCAUUGGCCAAAGCAGUGAUUAAAGGUAUCAUUCAGAAAAGCGUGUGGUCACAUAUGCACCAACUCAAAAUGAAAUAUUACAAUGAGGUUAAAAGUCUUACCGAUGAGUAAGCCUUGCAGUUGAAGCCAUUGAUUAUUAUAGAUAAAGUUUGGAAAGAUCUAGUGAACAGUGGAAGGAUGAACACUACCAGAUAAUUCGUGCUUAAUCUAACAGAUUCAAUUUUUAUUAUACCAUAUCGUCAAAACUAAAUUCCAUAUGCUCACAUACUUGCAUAUGCUCACAUUAUGCUGUUCAUUCCUGGACGUUGAGAUUCCCACCAAUCAAUGUAUACAUAGUCGUAUUUGAUCUUUGUCCUCACUUUAUAAACAAUGCCGAGGCCCACUGCACUAUCGAAUUGAAUGAGCCAUGUUUGCGAUUCAUCGGUACGGUCCUUUUUUCUUAUCAGAACCAAACCAUGUAGCCACGUUAGCAGGACCCGACAUUUCAUUUCCGAACUCAGCAUUUUCUCACAGAUGAUGUGUCAAUUUGCAUCAUACUGGGUAAAUUGAAAAAACAUUCACAUCGUACUGUCUGUUUUAAAAACAAGAAUCAGUUCAUUGCCGUUUUCAUCUUUUUGACAACAUUUAGGUUCGUACACAUUCUGAAUUUCAUGGAACAGACGAGGGCAGUGACAAAUUACAACAUCACCAAAUAGAUAAAAAAAGAGUGAUAUUUUUUCCUUAGUGAUCAGCGCAGGUACCCACCUCUUAAUCCAUUCAGGGGCUUGGGUAUCUCGCUUCACGGCCGAUUCCCCUGAAUCAAUACGGCCAUCGUCUUUGAUGCCCACCGGAUUCUGCAUCUCCACCCCGCUGGCGUCCACCCCAGCUACUGAGAAAUCUGCCUCCCCUACAUCUUGCGCGCGAUCAACCUCUGCAACUUUGCCCAGAUCCAUGGCUUCAUCAAAGAUUGUGAUCCUACAAUUACGGUUCUAAGCAAUCAACGUAAGACCCCCAAUUUUGUGAAAGCAGCCUGACAGUUUCGAUCGCGAGCCGGCAAGAGGACCAUACCUGCAGACCGGAUCCACUAGGUAGCCACCUUGUUGGACGCGUAAUCGAUUUUCGUCAGCUGCUCCAUUGCACUGAAUUUGUCUUCGCUGAACCUCUCACCACAUGCCGCUGAAAUGCUGUACCCCCAUGAACUGUAUCUCGAGCAGGCAGACAUACAAGGUUCGAUGCAUGAAGUAAAACACAAGACCCAUUAGCGCAUUUACGGUAGCAACGCUACUUUUGGACCAUGGUCUUUCUUACGAGGUAGGUGUUGUUCCACCGGUCCCGAUUACAAGCAACCACGAGGCUUGUCCAUCGCCCUCCAACUGGGCUCCCAGUCAUACGUACACACAUUGUAUAGCGCCCAAGCGCUGAUUAUUAGGGUUCGCUCCAAUAUUCAUUAAAUGCAGUGGCACGAAUCCACAUGCUGUACUCAGUGCUCCAUAUACUAUGACCAUAUGCCGGUAUGAGCCAUAUGGCUGCUCUCCAACAAUAAAGCAAACUGAAGAGAUGUGAAACUCCACCAAACUAUUGGCUCUAGAUGCUACAUUGCAGUUUAUCACAGUAAGUGUAAUGAGCAAAACCAGAAACCUACAACUGUUGAAUUUUUUGAAGCAACCCACACCAGAAAGAAGGAUGGGGUCAAGAUAGAGACUGCAACAACGACACUCGAAAUGAAGGAAAAGCAAAAUGCAACUUCAGCAAAAGGUGAAGAGCCAAAAACAGAUGUGCAAAUUCUUGCAGAGGUUCUCAAGGACGUUACCAAGCAUAGCACGUUCCUUGCAAGCAUGGGAGUGUCAUCUGCCUCCAGAUUGAACAGAGGCUUGUAACUCAGGAGCUAGCUACGGGAUCAAUAACCGACAUGUAUCAACAAGAGUUGAAUGCAAGAAUAGUAGCGCAGCAAUAGGAAAUCGAAGAGAUGAAAACAAAUAAGAAAGAUGGAAUUGCAGCUUUAAGAAGGAACAAGAGGAGAAAUCUAUUUCUAUGAAAAAGAAGUAAUCAGAACUGGAAGGAGCUUUUGGUUUUCUCUUAAGGAAGAUGCGCGGCGGCUCUGAUAACAUCAUGUCGCAACUCACUUAGGGGGGCUCUAACAACAUCAUGUCGCAACCCUAAUGAUGGUCUUCUUUGUCCGGAAACUUUGGUCGUCCCUUAUGAUAUUUUCUAAUGUGUGGUAGUCUAUCUGUUUUCUUUCAUGUCGUGUGUGAUACUUCCUCAGUUGGCUAAUCAU